AUGGAGGAUGCUGAGGCACUGUUUAAGCAGAUGCCUGAGAAGGAUGCUUCCACAUACACAUCAAUGAUGACGGGUUUUGGAGAACAUGGUGACGUCGCCACUGCUCGUAGGAUUCGGAAUGGACUUGACGAGGAAGCUCUAUCUGCAUUCUGUGAUAUGUGGAUUUUGGGUGUUAAUCCAAACGAAUCAACGCUAGCUACUGUGCUUUCUGUGAGUGGACGAUGUGGGUUUUCUUCUACUGGUAGAGGAUUGCACUCUUGUAUGGUGAGGUUGGGGAUGGAAAUUGAUGGAUAUCUGGGAAGUGGGUUGAUAGACAUGUAUGGCAACUGUGGGUUUAUAGGAAUGGCGCAUCGAAAUGCAAUGAUAUUCGGGUUUGCUGCUCAUGGUGAUGGCAAGGCAGCAUUGGCAAAUGGAAAUGUUCUCAGAAAUGGAAAUUGGGGGAGUGAAGCCUAA